AUGGGUGACCUUUUCGACCGCAACCCAAAUAACGGGUUUCCUGAUUGGUACCAGCUUGUCUGCCCGGAGCUCAAUCAAGCUAUUCAUAUUGGACAGCGCAAUGAUUACAACUGCGACACGGCCUCGCUUUUUAAGAAAAAGAACCAAGACUGGUUUUACUACGCGUUUGUCAAGCCUUUGUCGGAUGCUCAGCGUGUUCAACACUUCUAUCCUCCUGGUGGGGACCUUUUCGAACGUCUUCCAAACGAGAUCCUUGAUCAGAUCCUUGAUCACGUAUUGCCACUGGACUGUUUCGACCGCCGUCGCGGACUCAAACACCUCGACUGGGGCCGCAAUCCCAGUCCGAAAUACAUCGACGAGAUUCGUGACGCCAAAGCCACCCUCGAUCACAUCGCUGAGCUCUCUCUCAACUUCCUCGCGCUAGGCCUUUCUUCCGCUCGUAUAUGGCCGCUCGUGUUGAGCCGCAUUCACCGUCUCUAUCGGGAGAAUUGGGUAGGCAGGAAGGUUGGUUUUCACCAUGUCAAGGCGAGAUUCACCAGCGAGCAGUGUCAGAACUAUGGUAUCGAAGAAACGUUCGAGACGUCCCUUGCUUCAAUUGACGAUUGGAAAUGGGACUGGACAUGGCAUGAUCAAGAUGAAAGAUGGCUAGCUCUCACUGUUUGGAAGGACUGUCCUUCAGCCUCAAACCAACAGGCCUUUAAAAUGUGGAUUUACGACCUAAAGAACAGACCAGACGACCUGAAAAAUAUCAAGCAGGAUCUGAUGCUGCGUCCCAAACCAGGUGCAUAUUCUAGGCGGAGAGUAUGGGUACUCCGCAACCUGACCACCAGACAAUACGUGCGCUCGGAUCAGUUGCAAGAAGAGCCUGAUUCUGAUCCCGCACCUGACUGGGGCGACAACCCUAGAUCCUAUGAGCUGCUAUCGGAUAAAAUGAAAAGAGUCGGCAAGUCCCUCACACAACGAGUGCUCUACAGACCAUCGAAAAAGGAAAGCAAACACACGACGGACCCAAAGACGGACGAGCAAUUUACCCUGGCCAACAUCUUCCUCGUUCUCACUUGUAGCGGUGGUAACAGAGCGCCAUCUGCGACUACUAAUACUACUACUCCAGAGGACCCACACUUGCCGGACAAGUAUCUAGAAUUCAUACAUGGUCCUUGGGCUGGCUGCGCAUUCGAAGUAAUUACUCUGGACGAACACAUGCUCACUCAGCAGCAGCAGCAACAGCCCUUACCAGAGUCAGAUACACAACAGCCAAAUAACGUGUGGGUGGAUGUGAGCAAGGAAGUGGUUGCUGAUAUCGCCAACCUACGCUUCUGCAUCCAGAGAAUGAGGGAUAUGCGCAACCCUAGCCAUAAAUUAUAUGUAUCGCGUGACAAUAAAACUGCGUAUACAGUAUACUGGGACGACUUCUGGGCCAAGGUGGCGAGCACGAGGAAGCUGCAUCGGCAGUGGGUGGUCAAGACAUGUCCGCCUCGUCCGUGGAUAGACGAGAGUAUGUAUGCAUCAAUAUAA